GACAGGGACAGCCUAGACCACAUAGUGAAUGUCUGCUCCAAGAUUAUUGGAGUCCAGCUGAAGGACCUGAGCUCCCUCAGGAAGAAAUGUGUGGUCCAGAAAGCCCGUAUUGUCCCUCAUGAUCCGAGCGUUCUCAUUGGCUGUGGAGUCUCUGGGAGGAGGGGGGUGGAUCUUCACACUGACUCCACCCUCCAGGUCCAACCUGAUUGGAGGUUCCACACUCUGACACGCCCACUGCUGCUGCACACCUGCUCACAGGUUGUGUCCCCGUCCUCUGUCCUGUCUGUCUCUGACGUGCUGGACUGCAGGUCAGAGUUGGUGCGUUUUCAGGCUCAGGUGUGUGAAAGGAUCAGUCUGAACAACAGGACCACCAACUCCACUGCAGGUGUGUGUUCAGGUGUGUGUUCAGGUGUGCGGCUCACAGUGUGUGACCGCAGUGGAAAGAGUCUUCAGGUUUACUUGGACUUAAGCCACACCCCCUACCCACCUGGCCUGUUGCCUGGCAACACACUGCUACUGUCUGCUGUCCAGAGGAGAGAGUCCAGGUCAGGAGGUGUGUACUGCAGCUUCCUUCCUGUCAGCUCAGUAACUGUGAUGUCACUGGGAGAUCCGAGCUCAGCACCGCCUCCUCCAGUUCCCAUGAUGCAGCUGGGUGUGUGGUCAGCGAGCAGGGAGCAGAGGUGCACUGUGGGUCAGGUCAAAGGUCAUGUGGUUCGUUUCCUGUUCCUGCAGCUGCAGUGGAGCUGCACACUGUGCCACAGCCUCUAUACACAG